AGAGUGUGCCAGAGCAGCGAGAAUAUCACGCGACUUGUACUGGGGGUGAAUAAAGGGAAACAGCCGUACCGUAUUGAUUUUCCUUCUGCGAUCCAAGAAAGGUCUCCCCCGAAGAAAGAAUGAGCAAAACGACGAACGAGAAGGAGGAACUUGUUAAGAAAUCGUUGUUCAACUUUGUUAGAAAACAAGUGCCCACAGCACAAUUGAGCUUGAUUGAUGACAUCGUGCUCAGCUACGUGGUGAGCAUGGUGGAGGAAAGUGCUCUCGAGGAAGAUUUGGACGUCGAUGGAUUGUGCGAAAUGGUGUCCGCUUGCCUUCCUGAGUUUUCCACAAUUGAAAAAGAAGCUGUCUCGAAGUGGCUACUUGACGUCGAAAGCAACUUGCGCCAAGAAAACAAGGGAAAUCAAAAUGGCCAAUCCCACGAUCUUCUGAGCCACAUCAGUUUAGCGGCUCUAUUGCCCCCAGAUACUCAAAGAAUGAGGGUUCAUCAUCUCUCAGAAACGAGUGACGCUGGUAGCGACUCCAGUGGUGAAUACUUUGCAGAGGAAUCAUCUUGGCAUCAAGUGGCACUUUUGCAAGAAAUGUUUCCGGGAGCGAGCUCAGCUGAAGCACGUCAUUGUUUGGCGGUUGCUGGAGGAGACAUAGCAAAAGCAGCUCAACUUGCUCUUCACAGGCAAGAAGCUGGGCAAAGCAUCGUCAGCAAUCUUACGUUCCUUACACCCAAUGCUCGAAAUAAAGCCCGCGUGAACGACGAGGAGCUGAAAUCCCGCAUAAUCGCUCGCUACAGUUACGUAGACAGGGAUGACGAUUCGCGUGAGCACCGACCAGUAGCGCCGAAAACGGAACCGAAAAAGUUGGUGAGGUAUCUGGACAACAAGAUUGUAAGUUUAAAGGGUGAACGUUUCACGGAAAUAAAACGUGGAGAAGAGGAAGAUGGCAACGAAGGCGCAAAAAAGAGAGGCCACUGCCGCCCGUAACCAGUCCCCUUGCCUCCACCCCCUGAUCCACCCCCUUGGAGGCAUAUGAUUACAGUUUGAAUCAUUUCUUAGAUUUCUCCCUUCGCGGUCAGAGCUAGGAAUAUCAACGGAAAGCAUUGGAUAUCAAACUAAUCGUCAUCCAAUCGCCGAAUUCAUCCUCGAACUACAUUAGAAUUAAUUACUUUUACAAGGCAUUCACGGAACUGUCUUAAUCGAUCUCAGAAGAAUUUGCUUCAAAUUUGUUCAAAUUGAAAAUGAAUCUAAUUCAGUAUUAAAUCUUCUCCAAGUUAUUCUAUUAUUAAAAUUAGGGCUAAUAUUUAUGUUGUGUAAAACCUAAAUUACGCAGUUUGUGUGAAGUUGACUUUCAGUUUUGAUAUCCAACGCUUGAUGUGUAAAUAAUUCUUUCCAUCGAGCGUACAAUGGCCAUGCGUGAUUUAUCCAGUUUUGGAUUUUUAACAAGAUCCAGUUUGAUCUAACUAGUAUUUCGAUACGCUUUUGUACAGAGAAAGAAAAGAGAAUAUAGAGAAUUGAGCGACACUUUGUCAAAUUAGGUUCCAUCUUCUUGAAUCACUUUGGCGUCGAAGCAUCAUUUGAUUUCGAGACUAAAAGUCGUUUGGAGACCAAAAGUUGCUUCGGAAACCAAAGUCUUUAAAACAAAAAGAUAAGCGUUACAAUGAAAAAUCGCAUAUUUUUCGACUUUCAACUAUAUAUUGGAUAUCGUGAGAUAAAUGAGUUAAAACUCAGUACAAAAGGUCAUCAAUUUUCUAUGUAACCAUAUUUCACAUAAGUGCGAAGAAAAAUACCUCGACUGUUACUGAUGAGAAAGCAGAUACUUCUUUGUCGGUUGGCUAUUGUAACCUCGGCUACUUUAUUUUAACUCUAUUUAAGUUUUCUCAAAACCGCACUUUAUUUUAGCAAUCCAAGCAAGACAUUCAUUUUUUCUUAACAGUUUGCAUCACUUACCGUUUUUUGCCUCGCCAAUUUAUUUAGUUUAGUCAAUAGAUAAACACGCUUUGAAUUUAUUAUCGAAACAGUGCCCGUAAAAAAAUCCAUUUUACACCCAGCGCAUCAAAACAAUACGUCAGACUUGAAAAGUGUCGAAAUAAACGAAUUUUUGUGACUAUUAUAUAGUAUAAUUUUUAAAAAAUGGCCAUGAUGAAAAUGGCUUGAUUAAAAUUACUCUAUAUAAUAGUCUAAUAGACCCUUAAUUUCGCUGAAUUCGACACUUGGGUUGAACCUAAACAUGAAUUUUGACGGAUUCAUCGCAUAAACGGGAAGAAUUCAAGGCAAUUCCUGCCUUACCGACUUCGGGACCAUUCGACCGCCUAAGUGGUUCAAGUCCGUGCUAAGUUUCUUUGAUGUCCAUCAGAGAAUCUCACACUAGAAUAACUUAGCAUUGACAUGAACCACUUAAACUAUCGAAUGGUCUCGAAGUUGGUAAGGAAGGAACUCCCCUUUUCAAUCUACUCCGGACACCAGCACUAAUGCGUUUGGCGUAAAAUAAAUACAUUUUUUCGGUGCAAUUGAUUCCGAUAUUUACAACUACGCGCUUUUACUGCGAUUUUAGCAACAAAGUCCGUUAUAUGCUGUGGAAAAUGCACCAAGGGAAAUUAAAAAAAAAAUAAAGGGCUUGGGGAAUCACGUGCACUGAAACCCAGCGAAUUUUCAUAGCAAUCUUUUAUACCAAGAGUCUUCUGCAGGAUACAAGUUUGCGAAACAUAUACCCGAUUUGUUGAGUGUUUUUUAGUAUUUUGUACAAAACCCUAAAGUCAAGGACGGAAAAUCAAGAAAGCAAUCGAAAGACACAAAAUACACAACUUGGCUUUCGAAUCAAAACAAAAAAAAAGUAAAAAAAUUAACAGAGGCAUGACAAUUUUAAGAUAAGAUUCGUUUACCACGCCAUAUGAUUUACCAGUAUUACUAUUAAUAUCUUAACUACGAAUUAUUGUGAGCAUUAAAUAGAACACGCAUGAUGUAAUAAUCACUUUGAGUGGUAGAAGCUCAUUUAGACUGCAUAUCUGGAGAAAAUGAAAUGAAAACAGAAAAAGAUCCUCGAUUCCUUCUGCCACUUUUGCUAUCAUAUAGUACGAGUAAUAUUAUCGUGUUCUUAUUUGUGAUGGACUGAGCUGUAAGAUAUGAUAUUUGUAUUUUCACAAUCUUACUGUUAGUUUCUUAGUUUGUAUAAGCUUUUUGCGAUCGAGGUCGCUUUUUUUAUCUAAUUAGUAUUGUAACUGCACCGUUGAUUUCCAAUUUCAAAUUAAAGCCGUCAGAAGGCGACUUGACUCAACUCGAUUGCAUUUUUUCACUAAUUUCAACCUCUGUCGGCUUUACUUUGAGAGGACUUGAUUGCGAUUUUCAAGCAAAAUAUUUCACUUAAAUCGAUUGCAAUUUCUUACCAUGAGAGGUCAAAAUAAAUUUUCUAGAUAGGGAGAUUUUCAUUCCUGGGAGAGAAAAGUUCAAUUCGAAUAAAUUAUAUUUCCAAUUCUCCCAGUCGUAUACUGAAGAUAUUCAACAUUUUGAUCAGAUUCUUGCAAAAAUAUUAAAAGUGUCAGGUUUCUUUUUCGCAUUAAAAAACUUUUAUGACUUCCUUUUUUUAUUCUGGUUUGGAAUUUUCACUGUUUUGAAAUUCAAUGGUUUUUCUGAAAAUAAAAAAUUCGCGAUACGAAAAAUAUGUACAGAGUAAAUUGUUCCAAUUUAAACGCUCUAUGCAAAGAGUUCCUAUUCAUUUUUAUUAUAGGUUCUUGUCAUUGAAAAAUUUAAAAAAAAAACUAUACAUCUGUAAAAAAUAGGCAUUUUUUUGAUUUUCAGAAAAAUCGCCGCCAUAUUUUUAAUAUUAAACUAUUUUUUUUUAAUUUUUACUUUAAAAUCUUUUUACCAGAAUCAAAAAAGAAAAUUGGUACAAUUUUUGGCAAAUAAAGGAGCCUUCCACUAAAUUUCAUACUUUUGUAAGAAUGUCAGCAAAAUUUAAGUGUGCGCUUGGGCUCUUCUUUAAAAUUAGAAAUCGCACCAAGUGUUUAGGAAAAGCGAAUGAGUUUAAAAAAUUUAGAAAUACCCGUAGACGAAUCUAAAGCUCGGGCAGGGCCGUUCCUGGCCAUAGUCGGUUUAAUCGAAAUAUGGAUCUAAAUACCGAAUAACUCGAGAAGUUAUCCACUCUAAGCUUCAGUUGCACAGAAAAAUCUGAGUUUACAGUGAAUAAUAGUCUCGUGAGAAGAAUAUUUCAACAAAUGCCUUUGUGGUGAAUCGAGGGCGUUUAGCGACUUACGAAUGUAAUUGAAGUCGAUGAAGACUUAUCUAAUAUUAAAUAUAUUUGCUCACCGUUUGAGGCGAUCGCCUGGAAAACCAGAGAAUGAAAGAGCGCAUCGAUUCACCAGAAAUGGUAUUUUUUCCCACGCUUUGUAUCGCGUGUAUUCGUACCCUAAUCAAUGAAUAUUAAUCAUAAGUGAUACGCCAGUUAGGCGUAAUGAGCUAUCGAAACUAGAACAAGUAGAUAUUAAAUAUGAAAACAUUGUAUACUUAUCAUAUUAUCACUGUGUAGAAGAUUCGUAAAAUGUUAUGUAAUACUAUACGUAAUUUUACAAAUUCUUUUUCAUUUACAUCGUCGUUGAAAACGUAGCGACGCAAAAAAAAAUUGAAAUCAAAGCAAACUUUUGCUACUAACGAUUUCUUAAUUACUCAAAUCAGUCGCGUAGUAAGUGCGUUAAUAAUGUUAAAUGCAUCUUCAUUUAACACGAUGGGAAUGAUAACUCCCAACGUUUUUCAAAUUAUAUUUGACGAAAUAUUUUUAAUAUUCAGCUUUAUUUUAUUGAUUAAUAGUCCUUAAAUUAUAAAAAGUAAAAAUUACACAAGUUUUGAAUCUUGGAGAUAAGGAGAAACGAUAUAACAUAAAUCGAAAGAAAGUAGAGCUGCGGAAAAUUGUUUUGGGGGCCUUACAAAGCCGUACAAAAAUAUCCCCCACGAAAAAUUGAUAUCUUCAAUUGUGAAACAGAUGGAAAAGUAAAUUAAAUUUAGCCGUGAGACUAAUUUAAACUCAGCGAAUUUAUAUUGUGAAACUUAUGCUUUUAUUUUAUUUUUACUUUAAUUGACUGUUUACGUUUUUAUAAAGCCGCAAGCUGUUUAUAUUUUAUUUGUACAAGAAUCGUGUUGACGAGUUCAUUUCUGAUAAACCGAGAUGAUGUUCGCAGACAGGGUAGAGUGAGAAAAUGCGCCCGAGAACUAGACUCUUUGUAAAUUAACAUAAGCUAUGUUUAAGUAUCAUUAUCUCGAUUUUGUAUUUUUAUUUCUUGUUUCAGAGGAUUCAGGACUUUGAAGAUAAAUAAAUGUAGUAGCGUAAGA